CGAAUUUAAAAUUUUCAUCAUUCUGUUCAUAGGUCGUGUAGUGAGCAAGUACGCGAUUUCUUUUCGGUGCGUGGCGAGAGGUUGUUUUGUUGCCUGUUGAAACAGCAGGGAAAACAAGGGCCUCUUCAAGAAAAAAACGAAUAACAUCAACCAAACAGUGUGAAGAAUUUGCAUCGUCAAGUUUUUGCUGGAUCGAAAACGAAAAAUAGGUAUUGCCACUACGGAAAAUUACGCAAGUGAAAAUCUAAAAAUCGUAUGUGGUGCUUGAAAAAAAAACGCAUUUAAACGCGAGAAACUGAGUAGAAACCAAACCUCAGACAACGGAAAAUUCAAUCAGGAAGUAAUUAUAGAGUGAAAGGUAAAGAUAAAUUGAAAAGAGCCACAUUCACAAAUUGAGGAGUUUUUCUGUCGGGCCUGGUUGUGAAACAGUAGUGAACAAAAUAGUGAGCGAGUAUAUUUACUCUUUAACUGUUUUUUUAAUUGCAAUACUCGCACGCUUAGUUGAAACACGCGAAUCUAAGAAACGCAAAAAAUGCCAUUUAUUUCGAAGGAUUGGAGAUCACCUGGUGAAGCUUGGGUGAAAACGGAUGAAGGUUGGGAAAAGCUGAAGGUGCUGGAAUGUGUCAAGCGAAAAAGAUGUAUUUCCGAAUGCAGUAGUUCGAGUGACACCGAAAACGACAACGAAAAUGGCGACGUAGAAAUACCACCACACUGCCACAUCACACUGAAGUGUACCCGUGAAAUUGCGGGUUUCAAUGGAUUGGGAGAAGCCGUCCGCCGAUUAGACUUCCGUAGUUCCGUCCGAGAUGGUCGACGAUUCAACUAUGUAUGUGCACUGCUGCGACUGUUAGUUUCCGGCAAGGGAAUCACUAGUCUUCCCGGUGGAGCCCAACGUUUACUACUGCAGAUGCUGGAGGAAGUUGCCACCUACGUAAGUGAUUCGCAGCAAAACAUCAACGUUCUACGAGGGUUAGUGCAGCAAUUACGGUCCCUCGUGAACCAAGAAAAUCAAAAGUGUUGGGGGAAACCACUGGGCAGCCAAAGCCUAUGGGAGGGACAUGUGCAAACCAUUCAACGUAUUCAGGAUAUUGCUAGUCAAAUACAAAUUAAAGAACCUGGUCCAAAUAUACGCCCAAAACUACACGAUCUGCCAGAAGAAUGUGUUCGUGAAAUUAUUCUUAGAAUAACAGAUUACAAAGAUCUAGAUGCUUCCGCGUCGGCCUGGUCACUGAUGGCAGCACUAAUAUCUGAACAACGAGUGUGGCGGGAAUUGUCGCAUUAUCACUUCACCAAGCAACAAAUCGAUGUUAUUCUGGACAAAAUGUGUCUUCAAGAUACAAAGGAGCGUCACCGAAACUGGCAAGCUAUUUACCACGCACUUCGAAAAGCUUACGGAGUACCGGAGGAACUGCAAUACGCCGAAAUUUUAGCCUUUUGUCGGCUUUGUCGUUGUCUUUUCUGGCCUUCGGCUGGACAUCCGUGUAUUGUCGAUCAAUAUCCUGAUAUACGGCAACGCAUACGGGAAGCAGGUAACGAUGACAACACCGAAACGCAACCGGUACCACCGGCCCAAUUCCUCAAGUAUUUUUCAUUGUAACUUGGAUAUGAAAAUACAAAUCGGUUCGCAACCAGCCACUCAUGCGCAAAUUUUUAUGGAACAACAAA